CAGUCUCUCACGCAACUUCGUGGCGCAAGCAACCGUUUUGGUUUCAAAUUCACUGGUGGUCUUGAGUGACUAUUUAUGUGGUGUCUUUCAUGUGACAGUGAGGACAGCAGCUUCCCGAAAAAUGUUGAGCCCAUUUGUAGACUCAAGCCACGUAGGUUCAUUAAUGGGUCAUAAAAUAGGUCCUUCAGCCCAUCACAUGGGCGCUGAAAGCUUAGGCCACGCUCAGGCAAACCAGUACAACAACGGCUAUGGAAUGACACACCCGUCCAUGCAUCCAAGCUCCAUGGCGUACUCUAGAGAUAUAUUUUUUAGGCGUGAUCAUAUGGCCCCGCUAGGUAGUUUAGGAGGCCAUGAUUUCAACCAACAACAUCAUCACCACACGGCAAUGUUUGGAGCGACGUUAGCACCCGACACGCCAAGCGUCAUGUUCCCAGGACUCCAUGAACAUCACCAACACAACAUGAACAGACUGGCGGGUAUGGACUGGCCCCACCAGCACCAGCAGUUCCAUCAUGGUGUAAAUCCUAUGAACAUGGGCCCCAUGGGAGCAACACAUUCACCCGGUGCCUUUUUCCGAUACAUGAGACAGCCAAUAAAGCAGGAGUUGUCCUGUAUGUGGCUAGAUCAAGACCAACCUUCACCAAAGAAGCCUUGCAAUAAAACUUUUGGAAGCAUGCACGAAAUUGUGACACAUAUAACAGUUGAACAUGUUGGUGGGCCUGAGUGUUCUUCUCAUGCGUGUUUCUGGCAAAAUUGUCCUCGGAACGGCAGAUCUUUCAAAGCAAAGUACAAACUUGUGAACCAUAUCAGAGUGCAUACUGGAGAAAAACCCUUUCCGUGCCCUUUUCCAGGAUGUGGAAAAGUUUUUGCACGAUCGGAGAACUUGAAAAUACACAAGAGAACACACACAGGAGAGAAGCCCUUCAAGUGCGAGUACGAAGGAUGUGAUCGAAGAUUCGCCAACUCAUCAGACCGAAAAAAACAUUCGCACGUGCACACCUCCGACAAACCGUACAACUGCAAAGUCCGGGGAUGUGAUAAGUCUUAUACACAUCCAUCGUCUCUCAGAAAACACAUGAAAGUCCACGGCAAGAGCCCGCCGCCCUCCGGCAGCGGAUACGAAAGCGAUGACUCCACAACAACAACCGAAACAUCCGCGUCAAAUUCCAACAUUCCAAGCUCCACAACGCAAUCAUCGGGUCACAGCCAGACCAAUAUUAAUGUUAGUCGUGAAUGUUCAGUAAAUACCGCUAUUUCUUCAGUACCUAUUGUUGGUAGUAACAACCAUAACACCACCACAGCGCAUAACGCAAAUCUAAGUGAGUGGUACGUGUGUCAAAGUGCCGCUGGAAUGCCCACCCCACCGAGCAACGAACACAGUCCAAUUCCACCCUUGCCUGGAACAAUUUUGCCCCCGUCAGCAGUUUACUAGCAUUCAGCCUUAGUCUUCAGCUGAAAUUAUCUUUGGAGUGUCAAAGGCAAGCUGUUUGUAGGUGCUUGGCUAUCGAGAAUCCUGCUAUUAGAAUGUCACUGGGGCUCUGUGAUCAAUGACUGCCGCAUUUGAAGAGAAAAUUUGCGCUCAAUUUAAUACGUGGGCGUCGGAAAUACCCACAAUUUUUGCAUUAAUUACACCUGUGCGAGUAAACUGUUCUCAUAUAUUAUUAUUUUGAUGGACCUUUGCAAAUCUUCGUAGAUUAUUCAUUAUUUCUCUUCGAUUUAGCUAAUUUUGAUUUCCGACUCUGAAUCAAACCAUAUUCCUUUUCUACGCACACUAUUGGUCCAACUUACUCGUUGUUUAUCGCACUGUUAACCAAGAUAAUUAAGUAUGACAAAUUUUGGAACCACGAGCGUGAGUGAAUCUUUUUAGUACAAUCCAUGAAAAAUUAUUUUGAUUAUCAGCAAGUCAGAAAUUGGGCUGUCUCAAUUAAAUUUUGUGCGAAAAUAAUUUUUUUCUGACGAUAAAACUCAAAAUUAUGACCCUCUAUGACUUUUGUGAGGUUCUCGUUACUUUCUUCAUCUUCGUCGCAACGAGAAGUUGAAAUAUCGAGUGCACUUGUUUUUAUAUUUCACCAGCGACACAUGAUGGUGUCACGCGUGCAUUAUUAGACAUUGUAGCUUGUGUAGGAAGGUAAACAAAUUGUUUAUUAGUGUAUAAACGACGUGUACAUUCUCAUUGAACAUAUUGUACGUAAAUAAACUACAUCAUUCUCGUAACAUCGAAGCUGAAACUAAAAUAUUUGACGCAUUGUUCAAAAUUGUUACGAAUUUAGGUUCAAAAAUGAACGAAGAUGAAUCUUGCAAACAAUGAAAGUGAGUUGAAUAUCUAAUUAUAUAAUAUUUGUGUUUAUGUCAGCCACAAUUUCUAUCAUUGACAGACGGUUAAUAUAAAGUCAGGUUACAUCGAAGAAAACUUUUCCAUUGUAAAUUUCAUGGAAUGCCUGCAUAAUUAAAAAUAAACUUCUAAAUUUCAGGAUUAAAUGAAUUUUCUUUGAUGAAUUUUUCAAAUAAUGAAUUUUCCCCAUUUGGUGAUUCUUUAACGCAUAUAAUGAAAUUGAAAAGUUAUAUGAACAGUAAAGUUUAUCUCAAUGAAACACUUUACAUGCGAUUUACAGCAGAUUCAGGGUCAUUAAUAAUAUGUUGCGUAUUCUCUCUUUAAAUCGUUGAAAAAAGUAUAUUGGUUAAGAAUUUCUGUUAAUUUUAAUGGAUUUGAUAUUCACGACGCACUUGAUCGCUGUGGUCUAUAUAGAAGCUCAUUAAUUUAAUGGUUAUAAAAUGGUUAAGCUCAGUUCACAUUAAUUGGUAGCUGUUUGGGAUAGUUUUUUUUAACAGAACAUUGUAUGAACGGACAUUCAUAGAGUAUGAGGUAUGGAAUAUAAUACAAAGAGUAUGACGCAUUUUGUUCUCAUAAAGUAUGAGUUAUAAAAUGAGCUAGAUUUAAGGGCACCACCAAAAGUGCUUUUAUUGAACCCAUUGCAUUUCCUCAUAUCCCAAAUAUUUUUGUGCUUAAUUUAAUAUUAAUACAAAAUUUACCGAGUAGCUGAAAUUGUUCUUUGGACGUUUAAGGCUAUAUACCGCGGAGUCUGGGUCUGCCUUUUAGCGUUCAGGCAUGGGCAUUGUAACUAAUAAGGAAUUAAUAUUUUUCUACGGCUGAUUUUUAGAGUUGCCUCUUCAUAUUACUCUUAAUUGAUAGAAAAGUAACAUUAAUUUUGGGAUAAUUAGAAAUAAUUUCCAUCGUGAAAUGAGGAAAAACAUUAUAAGCUGCAUUCAACCUAACUGAAUAUUUACAAUCUCUUCGUGUUAAAGGUACCAUUUACACGAAGGACCUGAGAAACUCAUUGCUCCGAUUCGUUGGCAAGUAUUAUUUUUUUAAUUGAUGUUUUUUCUCACUGAAUUGUUGCAAUGGACGUUAUUAGUGGAAACUUUCAUGCGUUCUCUGUUGUGUUUGCAUUAAAGGAAUUUAUUGCAAAGAUUUCAAUCAUCUUGUAAGAUGAAGAGCACGGAAUUGAGCCAAUGUAACUCACUCAACUUGAGAGCUGCGACACCUCGGAUGGGCUUGGUGGGUUCCUAUAGGAACUUUUCACUAAACACCUACACCUUCACUCCACUCGUAAAUGCGAUAAUAAUAUGAAUUUUUUCAUGCGUAUACAUCUUAUUCGCAAUAAGUGGACAGUAACAAAAGAUAUGUGAACUUUGUAUCAAAAGAGUUAUGAUGAAGAAAAAUUUUGCUCAUUGCUGCUAAUGAAUUAGUCGACAUAUAUACAUUUUUUGAGGUAUUUAUCGAGUUCACAAUUUAAAAAAAAAACAUGUAAUGCCUCUAUCCGGUUCCUUGUGUUAGAUAUUUGCGACCAAAUACCAGUAAUUAUCUAGCAUGCCCACAUGUAGAGUGGAAAUACUGAAUACUUAGAGUUCCGAUAAUGACAUUGUGCAAGAAAUGAGGGUAAACACACGACGUAAAUUACUUGACCACCGCUCCAGUGAUGGCCAGUGGUCGGUAGGAGCUAAUUAGCUCUAGCCUAUACCGCUGGCCAUUGGUCGGCCACCUGUAAACCGUCUGUUGCAUAAAAAUGCGUCCCGGCGCAGAUAUCACCUUACACAAGCUAUAUGUUCGCGAGUAUAUAUAUGGCAACGUCUAGAUGUGAGUUGUGAGCAAAGAUUUCACGCUAUAUUGUCUCAAAUAACUUGUUUCAGAUUUUGCCGCACGCUCAAAUAACCGCCCUCUUUAAUUUAGUAGUAAUUAAUAUCAAUUAAUGGGUAAUAAUUUUUUAACGCAAAUGAGUGUUACUGGUACAAGACACUGCCAGUAUUACGCAUAGACAUCAAAUUCAUCACACUGGGUGUGUUGAUAUAAGAACCUCAUUAUAAUGGUAGGAAUUCUGUACCUUAGAUUGCAUUUGUAGGUUAAAUUAAUUGAUUUUAUCUCUGGAUGAUUGUGUACCUGGCGGGGAUUUGAUUGCUGAAAUACAAAUCUUGAAUUAUCGUGCAGGUUACAAAUAAUAAAUUUCGUGAUUGAUAUUUUAGUUCGAGUGAAAUCUUAAUUCCUGUUCAAAUAUUUAUUUGAAUAGCGAAACUAAAUGAAAUAAUUCAACACAUUAUGCCAUUAAUUCGUAUACAUAUGAGAUAUGGCCUUUAAAUUUUUUGGAAUUUGUUGAUGAAAUUCCCGUUAACUUCUCCCGUUUCUUUGAUGAAAAAAUUCCCAUUUCUUUGAUGAAAUUCUCGUUUCUUUUGAUUUAUAAUGAAGGGCAUUUUAUGUUAGUAGCAGGAAUAUUUCAUACCGAAAAUAUUUCCCCCAUAUUCAAUUCCAGAGAAAUUUCCGGAAAAUCCAACACGGAACUUUAGAAGAAAAAAUGUUUUCGUUUAUUUUACUUUGCCAAAUUAAGGUAAAAAAAUAUUGUUAAAUUAAAAAUUGUUUACCAAACACUUCUUCUCAAUCCCAAUGAAAAUCUGACGUAAAUUCUUAUUCUAAUAUCUGACUGAACUUUUUUAUUUCAUCUCUAUAAUUUUGUCUAUAACACUGGGAAAAAUGAGUGCGUCUUUUUUUAUAUAGCGAAGCACUUAACUAGAACCCUGCGAUUGUCAUCCUAACCCAGUUAGGCAUGGCAAAAGUUCGUAUCAGUGCUACGUCUCCUCUUUGUUCUUACUAUGGGUAAAAAAAGUGUUUCAAUAUUUGGACAAUAUAACCAGCUCAUAUUUCUGAGCGGAAACAGAACUGAACUGCAUGAUUUAACCUUACUAAAAUUUUUAUGAAAGCCCAUUGGUAUCGUAGGGAGUUUUCUGCAGUUGCCUUAAUGAUAUUUGUAAGUCUUACAUGUGAUGUAAUGAAGCAUAUUACGAUGCUUUUCAAUAAGAUGUUCCUGUAAAUAUAUUUUAAUUCGAUGGUGUAUUUAUAAUGUCUACAAGAUGUUCACAAACUUCUCUUGAUUGCAAGAGGUAAUGUGUUUUGCAAGUGAUCGUACGCAACUGUUUUCAAAUAAAAUGUUUGCAAUUU